AUGACUGCGGAAUGGAGAGUGGAAUCAAAACCUAGCGUAAUAAAAUGGACACCAAGGGAAAACAUCUGCUCAGACUUUUACACCGAAUGCUGGAAUAUGAGUAAAAGUAUUACUGGGGAAAUCUCAGAAGAACAAAACCUCAGUAUCCCUCAGAUAUGCCCAUUACAGCUUCAGUUAGGUGAUAGUCUCUUCAUCUCCUCCGAGCCAUCCUUUCAGUCUUUUGGAAUGAAUUUGGUAAAUGUCUCCAAGGAAGAAUUUGUCAGCUGCCCUAGUGCUGGUUUUCUUCAAGAACAGUUGAUUUUUGUUUGUCAGAUAAAAGGAAUGCACCAAGUUGACCCUAACUGGCUUGGUGUUGGAACUCAUUACUUUGCAGAACUUCAUAAGAGAGGCCCACUACUGUGCAACAUGGGCCUUCGUCUGAAUGUAACUGUGAAACAGCAGUUUUGUCAACAGUCUCCAAGUGCACCAUUAUGCUCUGGGCAUGGAAAAUGUCUAAGCCACGUUUGGGAAAAAGCAUAUAAUUGCCAUUGUUUCUCACAGUAUUCUGGAAGAUUCUGCCAGAAGUUUGAUGUAUGCUCCACUAAACCUUGCCACAACAAUGCAUCCUGCACUGAGAAAACAGAACUUUCUGGAGAUUCUUAUGAAUGCACAUGUCCUCCAAAAUUUUCAGGUAAAAAUUGUACAGAAAUAAUUGGACAGUGCCAGCCACCUGCAUGUUUCAAUGGUAACUGCAGCAAUGUUACUCCAAACACAUUUAUUUGUGAAUGUGACAAGGGCUUUACAG